AAAAAAAAAAUCUUCUUUCUCUCUUCUCUCUCGCCGCUGAGCAAACCAUGAUUACUGUCACCUCCAAGCUCUCUCUCCUUCCUCCAUGCUUCUCUGUCGUUAACUCUUCCUCUCCGCGUUCGAAUGAUAUGAAUUCAGAGCCAAAAAACAAAGUUAAACUAAGACAAGACUGGAGGGAAAAGUCCAGACCUAUCCCACCCGGAGGAACCUAUCCAGCUAAAGACCAUUGCAGUCAAUGUGGGUUAUGCGACACCUACUACAUUGCCCAUGUGAAGGAUGCAUGUGCAUUUCUUGGAGAUGGAAUGUCAAGGAUUGAGAGCUUGGAACCUGUUGUGCAUGAUAGAGGAAGGAAUGCAGAUUCCUUAGCAGAUACAUAUUUUGGGGUGCAUCAAGAGCAGCUCUAUGCUCGUAAGUUGAAGCCUGUUGAAGGAGCACAGUGGACUGGAAUCGUCACAACCAUAGCCAUUGAGAUGUUAAAAUCUAACAUCGUAGAAGCUGUUGUCUGUGUGCAGAGUGAUCCUGAAGACAGAUUAUCUCCAAGACCAGUAUUAGCCAGGACACCUGAAGAAGUUUUGGCUGCAAGAGGUGUCAAGCCAACUCUGUCUCCUAAUCUUAAUACGCUUGAAUUAAUUGAGACUUCCGGAGUGAAACGUCUUCUUUUCUGUGGUGUGGGUUGCCAAGUGCAAGGUAUGGAUUUGGUUAUCGGUUACAUGGGUGUACCAAAGUAUUCAGUGGACAAUGGAACACGAGAUGGACUAGACAAGUUUCUGAAAGCGGCUAGUAAGGAGCCAGAGACUGUUCUCCAUUAUGAAUUUAUGCAAGAUUACAAGGUCCAACUCAAACACUUGGAUGGACACAUUGAAGAGGUUCCCUAUUUCUGUCUACCAGCAAACGAUUUAGUAGACGUCAUAGCUCCAUCAUGUUAUAGCUGCUUUGAUUACACAAAUGCAUUAGCGGAUUUGGUUAUCGGUUACAUGGGUGUUCCAAAGUAUUCAGGUCUGAACAUGACUGACCAUCCACAGUAUAUUACAGUGAGAAAUGAACGUGGGAAAGAAAUGCUCAGCUUGGUAGAAAACCUUCUGGAGAUCACUCCAACAAUCAGCAGCGGUGAUCGACGACCUUUUGUGACAGAAACCGUUAAGGCAGACGAUGAUGCUAAGUUUGGUCAAGGUCCUGCUCAGCCAGCGCCACUAUUUGUUGGGAACAUUAUUGCGUUCAUCCUAAGUUUGGUUGGUCCUAAGGGUCUAGAAUUUGCUCGGUACUCGUUGGAUUACCAUACCAUCAGAAACUAUUUGUAUGUAAACCGAAAAUGGGGGAAACAAAGAGCCAACAGACACAUGCCAUCAUAUGCGAAAAAGAUAGUGGAAAUGUACAACAAAAACGGCCAAAUAGAUCAAAUGCUCUCCAAGAAAUGAACGUUUUAGGUAUUUUCAUGUAAGUUUGCAAGUGUAUAUCUCAUCCUACAGUGUGUAAAUGUACAUUGGUCCUACUGUUUCUCAAGUUGUAGUAUGUUAGUAAUAUCCAAAAAUAUUUCCCUCGUGAAUUUGGUAAGACACCGGCAAGAAAAGAUGGGUCGGUUUGGUGUUUUCUGACAGAGAACAGGGAAUAAGAAACAGUCUAAAUCAGCGGCUGAAUCAAAAUCAUCCCAUGUGGUUUCCUUCCUCCAUAUCUCUAGGUUAAGGUGAUGUCUGAGUAAAAGGUUGCAGGCUGUUUUAAGAGGAUGGGAACCAGACAUUUACACAGUUGGGGGGAAUUAGCUUUUAAUGUUUUUUCUUUUUUUUGUUUUGUUUGGACAGAGAAGAUGGAACCAUUGUUUUUACUUAACUCACUCAUCACCACAUUUCACAAAUAGUAAACUGCACAAUUUUGCUC